AUGUCAGCUUCUCUUCAGCCAACAGACGUGUCAUCUGUUUUGCACCAUCUCCUCUCGGGGUUGGCAUCAUCUGACAACUCAAUAAGAAAAGCCGCUGAAAAGAGCUUGAAUGAGGAAUGGUCCAAACUUGAUCGUGUUCAACUUUUGCUGCUGUUUCUUGCUGAACAGGCAGCCACUGGACCGUCUGAACAGAUAAGGGCCUUUGCGGCUGUUUUGUUUCGCAGAAUCGCCAUCAAGUCCCCUUCCGAACAAGGUUUCAGCGUCACUUCCAGACAAAUUGCCCACAUCGACGAGCAGAUAAAGAGCCAGAUUCGCAGCAUCUUGGUCCACGGUUUUUCAUCACAGCAGUCCAAUAACGUGAGACACAAGCUGUCGGACGCGAUGGCUGAAGUUGCCAAAGAGGAUUGUACUCCUCCCAAAGGGUGGCCAGAGCUCAUUCCGUUGAUUCUACAAGCCGUGCAGAACCAGGACCCAAGUUUCAGGGAAUCGGCAUUCCGUAUGAUUACUGCUACCCCAGGGUUCAUAGCCAGCACCAACCUCAACGAUGUGCUUCCGCUGUUCCAUGCGGGAUUCGUGGACACCAAUGACGAUGUCAGAAUCGCGGCUUGCACUGCGUUUGUGUCAUUUUUUAGAGAUUUGCCAAAGGGACAAUGGGGUGCUCUUAGUGGUCUCCUUCCCAACCUGCUGAACUCGUUGCCAAAGUUUAUGGAGAGUGGAAGAGACGAGGCUCUGGCUGCCGUUCUGGAAGCUCUCAUGGAGCUGGUUGAACUUGCUCCAAAGAUGUUCAAGCCUAUGUUUGGACAGUUAAUCGAGUUUUGCUCCACUGUGGCCAACAACAAAGACCUCGAAACCAGUGCCAGAUUGGCAGGUAUGGAGUUGCUGGUCUCGUUCAGUGAAGAGUCUCCCAACAUGUGCAAGCGUGAGCCUUCCUAUGUCGAGACUAUGGUUAUCAUGACGCUCAGCUUGAUGACGGAGGUUUGCAUUGACGAUGACGACGCAGCUGACUGGAACAAUUCUGACCCUUCAGACGAGGAUAGCGGCGAAGAGGAACAUCUGGCUGCUCGUCAUGCCUUGGACCGUAUCUGUCUCAGUCUGGGAGACCAGUUUCUGGUUGGUCCUCUCUUCAAGUACAUACCCCAGAUGAUCCAGUCCAGCAACUGGCGUGAGCGUCAAGCUGCUCUGAUGGGACUGUCUGCUGCUGCUGAAGGAUGUCGUGAAGCGUUGAUCGACCAGAUUCCUAAGAUCUUGGACCUAAUUCUGCCCUCAAUUCAGGAUCAACACUCCAGAGUUCAAUAUGCCUGCUGCAAUGCCAUUGGUCAAAUUUCCACCGACCUGGCUGACCGAAUCCAGAGAACUGCGUCAGACCGCGUUCUGCCGGCCUUGAUAUCGGUCUUGACACCUCAGUCUGUCCCAAGAGUCCAGAGCCACGCCGCUGCUGCUAUGGUUAACUUUGCAGAAAAUGCUUCGAAGGAGGCCUUGGAGCCUUAUCUGGACAGUCUGUUGACCAAUCUGCUCUCAUUGCUGAAGGGCCCCAAACGCUACGUCCAGGAACAGGUGGUGACCACCAUCGCCAUCAUUGCAGACGCAGCCAAGACAAAAUUCAUCAAGUAUUACGACACCUUGAUGCCGAUGCUGGUUGACGUCUUGCAAACCGAUAUGGGCGAGGAGAACCGCAUGUUGAAGGCAAAGUCGAUCGAAUGUUCCACUCUCAUUGCCUUGGCUGUUGGAAAGGAAAAGUUCGCACCAGACUCACAAACUUUGAUCCAACUGUUUGGCCAUAUCCAGCAAAACUUGCAAGGAGAAGACGAUCCAGUGAAGACCUAUCUUGAGCAAGGCUGGGCCAGGAUUUGUGUUAUCAUUGGCCAUGACUUUUUGCCUUAUCUGCCUCUGGUUCUUCCUUCGUUGAUCACCACCGGUGAGGCUACCCAGAGCAUUUCUGUUGUCGAGGAAGACGAGUAUGACGACUAUACCCAGAACGAAGAGUACGAUGUGGUUGAAGUCUCUGGAAAACAUCUUGCAGUCCACACGGCUGUUCUGGACGAGAAGGCUGCUGCCAUUGAUCUCAUCACCAGAUAUGCCGGUGUGUUGGGAGCCUCUUUUUUCCCUUAUGUUACCAACAUUGCGGAGAACAUCAUCAUUCCAAGUUUGUCAUUCUACUUGCAUGAUGGAGUUCGUGAAGCUGGUGCUCUGGCAAUGCCGGUUCUGCUCAAGUCUGUGGUUGCUGCCACCAGCCAGACUUCUAAUGAGGCUGUUGCCAUAUGGACCAAGUUUGCAGAUGUUCUGUUCACCACCAUGGAGCAGGAGCCUGUGUUCUCGCUGCUGAUCCCAUACUAUGCCUCGUUUGUUGAAUGCUUGGAUAUACUUGGCGCAGGUGCUCUGUUCAACAACCAGACAGACAAGUUUGCGUCUGCUGUCUCGACCAACGUUUCCGAGAUUUUUGAGCGUAUAAAGGCCAGGGAGAACGGCGACGACGAAUACACCGAGGAUAUUCAAGAGGACUAUGACGAUUAUACUGACGAGGACAUGGUGGACGAAAUUACCAAGGGCCUGACUGCUGCCUUCAAGAACAGAAGGUCCGAGUUCCUGCCCGCUUUCCAAAGACUGGUGCCCAUAGUCGCUUCAUGCUUGAACGAUGAACAGAAUUCCUUGAGACUUUUCGGCUUGAUAGCUGUUGCUGAUAUGAUUGAGUACACUGGUGCAAAUGCUUAUGAACUCAAGGACAUGUUCAUGAAUCCAGUUGGUGAAUCUCUCACCUCUCCGGAUGCCAGCAUCCGUCAAGCUGCUGCCUAUUGUGUAGGUGUUGCUGCUCAACAUGGUGGUCCACAGUUUCGUGACUUUUGCCUUGCAACGCUUAUGUCUAUGUCACAGAUGGUUUCUGUUCCCGAUGCCCGUGCCUCAGAUAACAUCUCUGCUACUGAGAACAUGACUGCUGCUAUCUCCAAGAUCUGUCACAGUUACGGCUCCUCGAUCCAAGGAUUCGACGAACUUGCUGCUAGUUGGUUCAAGCUCCUUCCUGUUGUCCAAGACGACGAGGCUGCUCCAUAUGCGUAUAUGUUCCUCGCCGAGCUCAUUGAGCGCCAGCAUCCUGUGGUGAUGUCCCAAAUUCCAAAGGCCGUGGAGGACGUGAUCCAGGCUCUUUUACACAGCUCCAUCUCUGGAAAGACUGCCGAGACGGUUGUCACGUCUACGAAGAAAUUACUUGGGUCUAUUCCUCAGAGUGAGGCUGUGUCCAUCUUGACAAUGAUCAGUGGACAGUCCACGGAAACUAAGAUGGUGAUACAAAAGUGGUUCUCGUGA